ACACUUGAGAUUCCAACCUCCCACUACGACCAACCGCUCCUACUCCAUCUAUAUAACUGUGCCAACCUACAUCUACUCUGCACAAAACAAUCGAAGUGGGUUGUUUAGAGGAUUUUCUUCCCAAAGUCCUGCGAUCAUUAUAUUUGCAGGACAUUCUAGCAUUUUUUUGUAAAAGCAUCAUCCAUGGCUUCCCAUGUGGUUGGUUACCCUCGCAUGGGUCCCAAGAGGGAGCUGAAGUUUGCAUUGGAGUCCUUCUGGGAUGGCAAGAGCAGUGAGGCAGAAUUGCGGAAGGUAGCCAAGGAUUUGAGAAUUUCAAUAUGGAAGCAAAUGGGUGAUGCUGGUGUUACUUAUAUCCCAAGCAACACCUUCUCCUACUAUGAUCAGAUGCUUGACACCACUGCCAUGCUUGGGGCUGUUCCUCCCAGAUAUGGCUGGAAUGGUGGAGAGAUUGGAUUUGAUACUUACUUCUCUAUGGCCCGUGGUAAUGCCAAGCUGCCUGCGAUGGAGAUGACCAAGUGGUUUGACACCAACUACCACUACAUAGUUCCAGAGCUAGGACCAGAAACUAAAUUCAAGUACUCCUCACACAAAGCAGUUGAUGAAUACAAGGAAGCUAAAGAGAUUGGUAUCGAGACUGUGCCUGUCAUUGUAGGACCAUUGACAUACUUGCUGUUAUCCAAGCCUGCAAAGGGAGUUGUCAAAACAUUCGAUCUCCUCUCUCUUCUUGAUGCAAUUCUUCCUGUCUACAAAGAGGUUCUUGGUGAGUUAAAAGCAGCUGGAGCAACGUGGGUGCAGUUUGAUGAACCCUCACUUGUAAUGGACCUCGAGGCUCACCACUUGGAAGCCUUAUACAAAGCUUAUUCUUUCUUAGGAGGAUUGGGUGGAAUCAAGUUGAUUGUUGAAACAUACUUUGCUGAUAUUCCUGUUGAGACUUACAAGACCAUCACUCAGUUAAAAGCUAUAUCUGCUGUUGGGUUGGAUCUAGUACGUGGAACAAAAACACUCAGCCUUAUUAAAGCUCAUGGCUUUCCCAGUGACAAAUACCUGUUUGCUGGAAUUGUUGAUGGGCGAAACAUCUGGGCUACUGAUUUGUCAGCAGCAUCUGCCAUUUUGAAGGAUCUUGAAACUGUACUUGGUAAAGGAAAAGUGAUUGUCUCUACUUCCUGCUCUCUUCUUCAUACGGCAGUGGAUUUGGUGAAUGAGACAAAACUUGAUAAUGAGAUCAAAUCCUGGCUUGCAUUUGCUGCACAGAAAGUAAAUGAGGUAGUUGCUUUGGCUAAAGCAUUGGCUGGCCAAAUAAAUCAGGCAUACUUUGCUGCUAAUGCAGCUGCUAUAUCUUCAAGAAAGACAUCUCCUAGAGUCAACAAUGAAGCAGUGCAAAAAGCUACUGAAGCACUCAAGGGCUCUGAUCACCGACGUGCUAGCCCCGUAGCUGUUCGUUUAGAUGAACAACAGAAGAAAUUGAACCUGCCAAUCCUUCCGACUACAACCAUUGGAUCUUUUCCUCAAACAGUGGAACUUAGGAGAGUUCGCCGUGAAUUUAAAUCAAACAAGAUUGCAGAGGCAGAAUAUAUUCAAUCAAUCCAGCAGGAAAUUGCCAAAGUGGUUAAACUGCAGGAAGAUCUUGACAUUGAUGUUCUUGUCCAUGGAGAGCCUGAAAGAAAUGAUAUGGUUGAGUACUUCGGAGAACAACUUCAGGGAUUUGCAUUUACAGUUAACGGUUGGGUACAGUCUUAUGGUUCUCGUUGUGUAAAACCCCCAAUUAUCUAUGGUGAUGUCAGCCGUCCAAAGCCAAUGACUGUAUUUUGGUCAAAGUAUGCCCAAAGCCUUACUGACCGCCCAAUGAAGGGAAUGCUUACUGGUCCUGUGACAAUUCUGAACUGGUCCUUUGUAAGAAAUGAUCAACCCAGAUCGAAAACCUCCAUGCAAAUUGCAUUAGCCAUCAAGGAAGAGGUUGAAGAUUUGGAGGCAGCUGGUAUCCAGGUGAUCCAAAUUGAUGAGGCAGCUCUAAGGGAAGGAUUACCUUUAAGAAAAGCAGAACAUGCUGACUACCUUGAAUGGGCUGUUCAUGGUUUUCGAAUCACCAACUGUGGUGUAAAGGAUACUACCCAGAUCCACACCCACAUGUGCUACUCCAACUUCAAUGACAUCAUCCAUUCCAUCAUUGAUAUGGAUGCUGAUGUCAUUACCAUUGAAAACUCUCGCUCUGAUGAAAAAUUGCUAUCAGUUUUCCGUGAGGGUGUGAAGUAUGGAGCUGGUAUUGGUCCUGGCGUGUAUGAUAUACACUCACCUCGUAUCCCAGAUACAGAAGAGAUUGCAGACCGAAUCAGCAAGAUGCUUGCUGUGCUGGAAACAAACAUCCUGUGGGUCAAUCCAGACUGCGGUUUGAAAACCAGGAAGUACGGUGAAGUUGUUCCAGCAUUGACAAAUAUGAUUGCAGCUGCAAAGUUGCUCCGAACUGAACUUGCCAGUGCAAAGUAAGCAUGGAAGAGAUUCAGUGUGACUGUUGUUCUUUGGAAUGCAAUAAAGAGAUGGGAUAAGUUAACUUCCCAAAUAAAGAAGCCUUCGCAUCAAGUAUUGUAGCCCUGUUUUCCUCAUCGGGCAACUUUGUUUCUUACAAAUUGCUUUUACAAAGUUAUCAAUUGUAUCACACAGGCUGUCAUUUUAUUUGUCCACCAAUGAUAAAUCUACAAGCUGGUACAAAAGCUUGUUCCUUAUGAAAAAUUUUAGUAAUCAAUAUUGAUAUAUGCAAUUAUGUUAA